AUGGUGUUAGAAAAACGCCUCCAACCCUAUGUCCCCUCGCAGUGGAAAGACGGCCCCCCCAAGCGUCUAGACUUAGAGCCGAAGAAACGUCCGGACCUCAGACCUCCGCUGGACCAACAUGGAACCAGACCUCAGCCCUCCUCUGGACCCACAUCCAGCCGGACCUCAGCCCUCCUAUGGACCCACAUGGAGCUAGACAGCCUUUCUCUGGACCCUCUGGAGUUUUCAGUGUUUGUUCCCAGACUCGGCUCGACCCUGACCCAGCAGUCGCUGUAG